GGACAUAGUUGUCAUCGACAACACAGUCGCUGCGGAAAUACCCAAGCUCCCACUUUCCCUAUAUAAAACAAAGCACUCCAUCUGUUUGUGAUUUUUCCUCAGUGGCGACUCUCCUCUCCUCUCGUUUCCUCCUCCGCCCCGCGCUUCUAACCACAAUGGCCGCCGCCGGAUCUGCCCUCCUCUCCCUCAAUGCCGCCGGGAUUUCCCACACUAAACUCUCCAAUUUCACCCAGGCUUCUCUGCCUCUUAAAUUUCCUGCCUCCUUCGAUCUGCAAACCCGAUCUCUUCGCGCCGCUCCUUCCUCAGGUAUGAAGGCGCACGUCGCAACUACCGAACAAGCGGCUACUGAAACGUCGCAGAAGGUGGAAGCUCCUGUUGUUGUUAUCACUGGAGCUUCCAGAGGAAUCGGCAAAGCUGUUGCUUUGGCUCUCGGGAAAGCUGGCUGCAAGAUUUUAGUUAAUUAUGCCAGGUCAUCAAGUGAGGCAGAACAAGUUUGCAAAGAGAUAGAAGCAUUAGGUGGACAGGCUCUUACUUUCGGGGGAGAUGUUUCCAAAGAAGCAGAUGUGGAUUCAAUGAUAAAAACUGCAGUUGAUGCAUGGGGAACUGUAGAUGUUUUGAUCAACAAUGCAGGAAUUACAAGGGAUGGUUUGCUGAUGAGAAUGAAGACAUCUCAAUGGCAGGAGGUCAUUGAUCUGAACCUUACUGGAGUUUUCCUAUGCACACAGGCAGCUGCCAAGGUUAUGAUGAGGAAGAAAAAGGGAAGGAUCAUUAAUAUCUCAUCUGUCGUUGGUCUUGUUGGAAAUGUUGGACAAGCCAACUACAGUGCUGCAAAAGCUGGGGUAAUUGGACUAACAAAGACAGUUGCCAAGGAAUAUUCAAGCAGAAAUAUUACCGUGAAUGCUGUUGCUCCUGGAUUCAUUGCAUCUGACAUGACUUCUAAGCUCGGGGAAGAGUUUGAGAAAAAGAUAUUGGAGGCCAUCCCAUUGGGAAGGUACGGUCAACCAGAGGAAGUCGCUGGGUUGGUGGAAUUCUUAGCCCUUAGCCCUGCCGCUAGCUACAUCACUGGACAGGUGCUAACCAUUGAUGGAGGAAUGGUCAUGUAAGAAGCUCCUCCCGAUUUUCACCAUGAGUCGACUCGCCCGCAUGCGUUUGUAUUGAGUUUUAGCCUUUAAAUAAUACUAUACUGAGAGAAUCUGAUGUUAAACCAAGAUUUUAGUUUAUUGAAAGCAGGUGGUUUUAGUCAUUUUGGUACUUCAAAUUGAUAUGUCAUGUUUCUAGGUUUGAAAGACCAGCUGAUCAAGUAAUUUAUGUAUUUGCCAAUUCUUUUCCUA